CCAGAUUAAAGACUCGUCCAGAUUCCUUGGAACGAUCGAAACGGCUCGUUAAUCGAUUUCUCCUUACAGACGAGCCGAGCAGGAAAAACCUUUGCCUGUAUCCUUUCAGUGAGCAUCCUUGCCGUUUCUUCCUCAACACGCGCGAUCUUCCAUCUUCCAUCUAGGUUGAUAGGAGGAAGUUCUCGAACGAUUGAGAUAUAUCGUAGCGAAAACUCUCUAAGAAAUAACGAGACAAUGAGCGGAGCCGUAGGAAAUAUGAUGGUGCGCGCAUUCCGAUCGGAAUCGAGAUCGGCACCGCGACUCGUUUCCAAGAAGCGAUGUAAUCGGGCAUGGAAAUCUACGAAGCGUUCGAUGCCCUGGGCCCGGGUGAUCGAGCUACCAUCCUCGAGCGGAGCCUGUCGUUAUGCUUGAUCGGGUUCGUCGAGGCGAGUUAUCGGGGCGUUAACGAAGCGAAGCCAGGACCGGCGAUGAUUUAUCAGACGAACCAUCAUCAGUCACCGACCAUGUCAUCCGCGAGGAGGACGUCGCCACGGGCUCAGCGUCGAAACUUGCAGGCCUCGUCGGGGAAGUGCGCGAGCGCGAAGGCGAAGCGCGGUGACGAGCGGGGAGCGGGGAGCGAGGAGAGGUGCAGGGGAAGGUGCAGAGUGCAGUGGAGCGAGAAACACGUGAAGGAGGGGUUGGUUCUCGUGCAGGAGGCCCAGCUCGCCAGAGUGGUGAAGACGGGGCCCAUCACGGAGCAUUACGAGAUCGAUCCAAAACCAUUCGCGAACGGACAAUGGGCGAAAGUUUAUCGGUGCCGAUCCCGAUCGACGGGGAUCCUGUACGCGGCGAAAUACUCCUCGAGAAAUCGGUUCAACGCGGACUGCAGCGCGGAGCUGAGGCACGAGAUAGCUUUGCUGUCCCUCUGCUCCCAAUCGCCACGCGUCGUCCGUCUUCACGACGUGUACGAGACCCCCAAGGAGAUCAUCCUCGUGAUGGAAUACGCCCCCGGAGGCGAUAUGCAGACCCUCAUCGACGGCGAUUUGGUGCCCCUCGAAGGUGACGUGGUGCACUUUGUGAGGCAGCUAGUAGAAGGACUCGCCUACCUCCACCAGAGAAAUAUCGCCCAUUUGGACAUCAAGCCGCAGAAUUUGGUGAUGAUGGGCACUUUCCCGGAAUGCGAGGUGAAGCUGUGCGACUUCGAGAUCUCGAGAGUGAUAUUAGAGGGGACGGAGGUGAGAGAGAUCCUCGGUACACCGGAUUACGUGGCACCCGAAAUUCUUCACUACGAACCGAUCACUCUGGCCGCGGACAUGUGGUCCGUGGGUGUAACGACGUACGUUCUCUUAACGGGAUUCUCCCCUUUCGGCGGUGAAACCGAUCAAGAAACGUUUCAGAACAUAUCCCUGGGCGAGGUAGACUUUCCCGAGGAAUUGUUCGGCGACAUAUCGGCGCAGGCGAAAGAUUUUGUCGCGAAGCUUUUGGUGCUGGACCCGAGUGCACGAAUGACCGCGAAACAAUGCCUGCGUCACGAUUGGCUACGCGGCGCGCCUACACAAGCGUCGCCUCAUCUCAGAAGAUACCUGUCGAAAUCGAGAGAAGUUCUUCUGGAACGAGUUGUCAGCCGAGAGAAUCUAAGAAGAGCGGCGCUUUUGAGCCAGGCGAGCAGUCAAGCGAAUCUAUCGAGCGACGCCCAAGAAUCGUCGAAUCAUUCCGAUCAAAGCUUGCAAGAUUGUUUGUUGAGUCAAAGCGAGAUGUGCCUGAGUCAUCGCCUCACCGGAAGCCGAUCUAGUCUCGAGGGUAGCGGGGAAGAUUUUCCGAGCCCAGCCGAUUCUCGAACGAGUUUGAACUCAUCCAGAACGAAUCUGAGCUGCGCGAGUCAGAGUUGUUUGCUCAACAAGGAGCAAACCCAAGGGUUGCUCGAUCGGGCGCAAAGUCGGUCGCAGGCAAACUUAAAUCACAGUCUCAGCCGUGGACUUUUGUCCAGAAUACGUAGCUUGAAUCGAAUCCAGUCCCAAGCGUGUUUGCUCAACGAAAACUCUUCGGCCCAAAAUUCCUCGUUGCAACCUCGAAUGAUAAUAAAUCCCGUGAUCAGCAAGUCACGCGAGAAACUGUAUGGAUUGAGAUCGUUGUCGAAGUCUCAAGGAGUUUUGGAUAUAUACAGAAGUCUCGAGUGCCUUAAACGAAGAAGGAAGAGCUACCAACGAGCCAAAACCGAGGAUAUAUUGCCGAUUUUUAAGAGGUUAGGUGCUGAAAUAGAUACGUCUAACGUAGGAGAUCACCGAUCUUAUGACGAUGUUUCUAGAUUGAUAGAAAGGAAGGAGCACGUUAACGACGAAAGAAAAGAUGAGUCUAAUACGAUGAGGACAGAUGGGGAAGUCGCGGAUGAGGUUAACGAUAGAUCUAGAUAUACACAGGUGCGAGGAGAAGACGUAGAAUCGAGGGACCGAGCAUUCGAGUCGGAGGAGAAUUUGGAUUCGUUGAAAUCGAUCGAAUCAGACACGUUGACCGAAGAUUCGGACGAAACUCCGGUGAACCGCGACACCGAAUCGAACCUCGUAGCCGGAAAACGACUCUGUCAGCGACAACACUCCGAUGCUUCGAGUCACUCCAACAACUCUGGAACAUCGGACGACAAAGAAGAUCGAUCGACCGAAUCCGAAACCGAAGAGCCAAAGUAUACCGUGGCCCAACUCGUGUCUGCCUUCAAUAAGCAUCAAGAAGUCGCCUCGAGGACGAGUUUAGAAGCAAUUAUGACUGAGAAGAGAGUGAACGAGGUCACUUUUCCGACCGGAACGAAAGCUUUGAGACUAUUCAUACCGGACAUUAACAUCAGUGAGAGCAAGAUCGUGAGACGGAAAACGAGUUACAAGCCGCGAAAAAACUGGGAGGAAUUGAGAAAAAAGAACGAAAAAGACGAGGGGAUUUUGAAGAAUUUUGUCGACUCGGGCAACGAAGAUGAAGAUGAAGAUAACGUCAUUAGUUUUGAUUCCAAAAAUGGCACGAGGAAAUCUGAUAGCGAUACUAUGGAAGAGCAAAAGAACAAAGGAUCAGAUGAAUGCAUAUCAUCCGAAUGGUCGAGUCCAUUGCCGUUAAUAGAAAUCAAUGGAGAUUCUAUUUUUGCGGAAGCCACGGUUCAAGAAAAUGUCGAUACAACGAUUGAUGAGAAGUAUAAACAGUGUGUGAAAGGAGCCAAAUCGAAUGUAAUGGAAAUAGUCAAUGACAAGCUUCAAAAGACGCUAAAUAAUCCGGAUCGUUCGGUAACUACUCGUCAAAAAGAAAGAUUACCAAAUUAUAUUUAUCCCGAAAUGACGUGCCAUAUUAAAAAUAAUUCUCAAGAUUCAAUUAAAAAGACAACUUUUGUAACAACGAACGUUAAAAAUCCGAAGAUACAAAAUAUAGAUCGAACAAAGUCAACGUAUAAUACGGAAAAUAUUAAUGUAAAUUUAAAAGAUAUUUUACAACGGGUAGAUAAUUGUCAAAAUAAUCCGAAAGAGAAUUUGGAAAAUUUAAGAAAAAGAACAUCAAUUACGAAAAUAAUUUUAAACGAUAAUUUACCAUUGAAUGAUAAUCAGGAGAAGAACGAAGGAGAGAAUCGGUCAAAUAAUCGAGCACAAAGUGAACCACCCUUGAUUUUGAAUCCCAAGGAAGAAGAUCACAAAAUGAAAUUAAUUGUAUCACCUUCCUUUGCGAGAUCUUCCUCGAUGUCCAGUGAAAGCAGUUGUCCAACGCCCUCUAGUAUACAUUCCGAUGCGAACGCCUCCUGGGAAGAUGUUCAACGAAAUACAGUGGGAUCGAACAUAUCUUUGGAGAAAGAAGAUUUUGGCAAAGUUCAACGAAGAACCGAGAUUCAGAGAACUUCAAGCGAAGGAAAAAACAAACAAUAUGCGGAAGACAAAAGACUUUGGGGCAGAGUUUGCACCGGAUCUUACAACAGAGCGAUGGAGAAAUUUAGCAAAAACAACGAUGCGAAUAAGAAGCCUGUCGGUCAGUUAAACGGAUCGCAACAAAAUGGAAAGAUUAGAAGGAAAAGCAGUCCUGCCAUGCCACAAUAUAUUAAUCCAUAAAUAGACUUUCCUUCCAUGAAGACUGAUUCCAGAAUUUUUGGUCUUUUCCAAUAUUACAGUGAUUCAUAUCGGAAAUCGAAUCGCUAAACUUCUUUUUACGCGAAUUCUUUGACUAGGAUCAACUUGCAAUUUAUCCUUGAUAAAUGUUCGUAACAUAGUCAUCUUUUAGUGGAUCAAAUUGGCAAAUAAAUAAUCUGCAAACGUGUGUCAUCAAAUGCUUGAACGACAAACCUGUCAUUAACAUCCCAUCUGGGCGUUGCGUGAUCAAAGAAGGCGAUCGAACGUGAUUGAUCGUCAUAGCCUUAUCCUUGACUUAAUCUCCAUAUCGAGCGAUCUUCGAGAACUACUUUUUUUUCCAAGUGCGUAGUAUCGAUGAACACGUGGAUACAUUAUGUAUAUUUGAAUAACCAAGAAAACGAAACUUUUAAUUUUCGAUUUUAAUUAACCGAAAAAUGGUAUACCGAUCGAAUGACAGGAAGUAUCGAUUAUGUCAAUUUUCAAUGUGAAUUAAUGGAAAGCUGAGCUUAACUGUAUGUUAUACAAAGAAUGCGAAUUUUGCAUUCAAAAAAAUUGCUCAUUCAUCAGAGAUUAUCUUUCUAUGAUACAAUUUUGUUUCUAUUAAUUUUUUGGUAUUUGUAGAAACUCAUUUAAACUCAUAAAUACAUUUUUAAUUGGCAUAACAAAAAUGAUAACAUCAUUAUAUCGUAGUAAUAAUUAGAUUAAUAAAAAGGUUCGAUUUAGUAUAUCUCAUUUAAAUUUUAAAUGAUUCGUUCAAUUUUGUAUCGAAGAUAUCUCGACAAUAAAAAGUUCUUAU